ACAAGAGAUGGGGCUCCUCAUCGAGACCAGCGCGCAGUCUUCAGCCACCGCGAGCGACGCGAGGCGAAACAUCAUCGACACAACCAUUGAGAUGAUGCAUAAAGGCUGGAUUUCAGGCUCUUUAACAAGACGCGUUGCAAGUACAGAGGAAUAAAAUGCACAGCGCGGAAAAAGAACGAGAAUAAGCAACGCUGAAACGGAUUUUAGGGAAAACUCGUCGCUGCGCUGGAAAACCGAGACGACAUGAAGCCUGAACGCCGCGCGCCCGCGGUGGGAUAUUAUUAUCAUUACUGUAGGUGAAACGAGGGGGAAAAUGACCGAGGAAUCGCACCCAGACGAUGACAGUUACAUAGUGCAAGUGAAAGCAGUGGUCAUGACACGGGACGAGUCUAGUGGGGGCUGGCUGGCACAGGAGGGCGGGGGUCUCAGUCGAGUGGGCGUCUGUAAGGUGGUCCCGGCUGAUCUUGAGCUUCUGGGAUGGAACGGCUUCCUCAUCUAUGGAGAGAGACUUAAAGAUAAGCAGGUGAUCCUGCAGUGCUGUCUGAAGAAGGAUCUGGUGUACACUAAAGCCACGCCCACUUUCCAUCAUUGGAGAGUGGACAACAGGAAGUGUGGACUGUCGUUCCAGAGCCCCGCGGAUGCCCGAGCGUUUGAUCGCGGCGUGAGAAAGGCAAUCGAGGACCUCACAGAGGGCUCCACUACCUCUUCAUCUACGCUGCAGAACGAGGCCGAGCUGGGUGAUGACGACGUUUUCACAAAUGCCACCGACAGCUCGUCCAACUCUUCUCAGAAAAGAGAACCAUUAAUGCAGACGCUUGCACCAAUCAGCUUCUCCGAGCCCCACCACUACAUUCUGGGACAUCUGUAUGACCAGCACAGACACUCUGACCGUUAUUACCUGGAUCAGACGGUGCCCAUGUUCCCAUGUCCACGUCAUGUCCGAUUCCACGAGGAAGAGGAGGAGAUUGUGCGGAUUAACCCCCGUGAACGUUCUUGGUUAACGGGCUACGAGGACUAUCGGCAUGCUACUACAGGGACACACGGCAAACCUCUGCGACCAGACGCCACGGAUGCUUACGGUCACAUCGCUAAGAGCGAACCGCCAAAACACGACUACACUUAUACUUACCCACUCAGUGGGGACGGACACACGACACACGAUGGCAAAACAGGCAUUGGCGGUGGCGUAGUCACCGGGCAGCCGCGAGCACUAACGACAAAAUGGCUGCCACGCCGGGUGGAGGACAGCAGAGAGCGCUUGCGAUGCGUUUACUGCCAAAACAUGUUCAGUCCCGUGGAAAACGGGCGCGGGCGCUGUCAGGAAGCUCCCGACCCCGUGCAAACGUGCAUUCGGCGGGUUAGCUUCAUGUGGUGCGCGGACAGCUUGCUCUACCAUUGUAUGUCGGACCCUGAGGGCGACUACUCGGACCCGUGUUCCUGCGACGCCAGCGAAGAGCGGUUCUGCCUGCGUUGGCUAGCACUCUUGGGACUGUCGCUGCUAGCACCCUGCAUGUGCUGUUACGCGCCACUGCGAGCGUGCUACCACUGUGGCGUCGUGUGCCACUGCUGCGGUGGCAAGCACAAAGCAGUGGGGUGAGCAGCAGAAUGCGAACACACCAGCAGCUGGAAAAAACACGCAAAAUGCAUAUAAGAUGCGGAAGAAUGAACUUUGUGUUUCGCGUGAUCUUUGUCCCCUUCCCGCUGAGUUUCAGAGGGUUGGUCCAUUUAUAUAUUUUUUGUCUCAAUUUAAUUGUACUGGACAGCUGUCCGUGUUUUUGUUAAAUUCAGUUUUUUAUUUUAUUUGUUUUUAAAAGAGUAACCCUCAGCUUCCAAUUAAAAGACUACACAAUAAAUAUUCAUUUAUAUAUGAAAAGUAUAUAUAAAUAUAUGUAGAUAUAAAUAUAUAAAUCCAGGUACUUUAUAUUUUUAUGCUUAUGUGCUUUAAAGGUUUGAGUUAUCUUCCCUUUCAUCUUGUCUUUUUUUAUGUUAUUUGAUUUUCGUUUUCCCAUCCAACUUUCGUUAUGUCUCUCCAAUCAGAGGCGUCUCUUCUACUGUGAUCCACUCCUCCUAGAUAAGACAAACCCAGAGGAAUCCAAAAUAUCUGACCUGUAGGAGGAUAGAUCCUUUGUGUGUGUGUGUGUGUGUGUGUGUGUGUGUACAUUUCUGCCCAAAUGUAAAGUGUGUGUGUGUAAAUCUCAUGGAAACAUCCAGGCCACAUUUUAACUAAUCAAAUUUAAAUUUAUUUUUUGCAUAAGGAAAAUUAAACCUAUAUUGGACUAUUUUGGCAUUGUGACAUUAUUUUCAUGACAAAUAAGCAUGUUUCCCUUCAAAAUUCUCUUCAUAUCUAACUCUAUUUCUUUUUAGUGCUCUUUUCUUGUAGUUUAAUAGUACCAUUUGUAAUACAGUUAAUAUAUAUAUAUAUAUAUA